UAUUUUGUACUGCGCUUGGGAUCAAUUUUGUUUGGCGUUAGUCUGUUUGUGGACAUUGUUGUGAAAGUUAGUGCCUCAACAAAUAUUUUUAUAUUUUCAACGAUUCGUGUCCGAAAAAUAUCAAGAUUCGUCAUAAUUAUCGCCAGUGUAACAUGAAUGAACAGGAACGUAAAGAAUUCGUGAAUAAGCUGGCUGGAAGCAGACAUUUUCGGUUCGGAACGCAAAAUCCGACGUUAAUGGAGGAGCCGUUCUGGAAAUAUAUGAUCUGUAAUCCACAAUUGACAGGAUAUAAUGCUCGUAAAGACUCGCAGCAUCAGCUGGACUUCCAUAAGCCAGUCUGGUGUUUUGCUCGAUUUGGUGCUACUCAAACAUAUCUGCCGGAUGGACGAUUAGUCUGUAUUGGAGGCGAGCACGAAGAUUCUUAUGAUCCGGACUUCCAAAUCUACAAUGAUGUUGUCGUCAUCGAAAGACCACGUGUCGUGAAAGGUCACUCCUUCUGCGCACCUCCUAUUCCAAGUAAUUUUCCCGUUGCAAAGAAUUAUCAGAACGACAAAUUUAACGAAGAGAUGUUGGGUACGUCGAAUGACAAGCAUGUCACCAUAUACGGAUAUCCUCUGAAUGUGUUUCCACCGACCGAUUUCCACACCGCAACUUAUGUCCUCAUGGACGGAAAGGAAUACAUCUACAUAAUCGGCGGUACGGGUUGUUCAUGUGAAGGCUUUCAUAAGCCAGAGUCAUGCAGUACUGACUAUCAUCUCAACAAUACACGAGUCUUUCGCCUCUGUGUAUCGGACUUCAGCAUCGAACGUGUGGAAACAACUGGCAACAUACCAAGAGGUUGUACGUACACGCAUAGUGCAACGUUGUCGUUAACAGUUUUCGGUCGACCGGUCAUUGACAUCGAGGUCUCGCCGGAAGUCAUUAUGAGGUGUAGCUCACCAGGCUGGGAAAAUCAUAAUCGAAUUUAUCGCUUGGAAAUUGAAACGGGAGUGUGGACAAUUUUCAAGCAGUAAAAGCGGAAAAUUCGAAAAAUUUGUGGCUCGUCCAUCCCGUUUAAGAUGUUGUCAGUUUUUGUAGUGCGCUUGCACACAAUUUUUUGAAGUUCGGACAAAUAUUUGUACUUCGUCGAAAACACUGAAUGAACUUCAAACAUUUUUGUGCUACCACUGUCAACACAAGUAUUGUCGCUGUCUUAAACGGUGUUGAGCACCCACACAUUCUAUAAGUUCAACGAACAUUUUAAUUUCAUUAUUUUUCAUCAUUUUUCAUCAAUUUUCAUUAAACAAA